ACUGAAUUCAAUAAUUUAAUCAACUAUUAAUGACCGGUUAACUACUAUCAACUAUUUGUUGUUGCAUCUGAUAUAAACAAUAAGCAAACAGCUGAGUGAGUAUUAGUGAUGUGGUGGUGAGAAACGGAAAAUAUAUCUCUCAAGUAAAUCUUAUAAAAAAGUCCAAUAAUGGACUUACAGCAACUUGAGGAAGAAGCGCGUCAAGCAGCGCUAAAAGAAAUAAAGAAUAUGCUGCAACGUCCAGGUCAACUAGAAAAAGUGGAUCAAUUUCGUCAUCGUGUUGCACGAAAAAAAGCUUCAGUAGAGGCUUUACUGAAAACGGGUAUGCAAAAUCAACUGGAUGGUGUGCGAGUGGGUUUAAAACAAUUAGAAACAUGUCUGCAGGAUGUUAAAGAAGUUCGUCAGCGUAUGCAAGAGGUGGAUCGUUUGUUGGAGGGAGUACCCGAUAUAUAUGAUGCACUGGAGGUAGUACGCGAAGAGAAUACGAAACAUUCACAGUAUGCUACGGCAAUGGAAAAUCUUAAGCACAUAUUCAAUGUCGAAGCAAGUGUUUCAAAAACAAUGAAUCUCAUUGAUGAGGAUAAGUUAUUAAAUGCACACCAGUGUCUCGCCGAUUUGGAAAAUUCCCGUGAUGAUUUGUUAUAUGAAUUGCAUAAACAACCCAAACAACAUGCUUCCGAUAAAAUCACGCUAAAACGACAUUUUGAGACAGUGGAUAACGUCUCGCAGGCGCUUGAAAAAAAAUUACGUCUCAUACUAAGUCGAACGUUAAAUACAGUUCGCAAGGAACCUACUGUUAUAGUAACUGCCUUGCGUAUAAUCGAACGAGAGGAGAAGAAUGAUCAAUUCGCUUUGCAACAACAGAAAGUUACAGGUUUCUUACCGCCCGGCCGACCAAAGAAAUGGCGUGCCAUGGCAUUGAAUAUAUUGCAGGAAGCUGUAGUUACACGUAUAGAAGGUUCAAAAUUGGAGGAGCGUGCUGAUAAUAAAAUGUGGCUGGUACGCGAUCUCGAAAUUUUACGUCAAAUAAUUUUGGAGGAUUUAAGAGUUGUAAAAUCAUUAUGCGUACCCUGUUUUCCACCACAUUACAAUAUCUUCAACGAAUAUGUGAAAAUGUACCACGAAGGGCUCUCCUCUUAUCUCGAUAAUAUUGCGAAAUCUGGCCUCGAAGGUAAUGAGUAUGUAUCAAUGCUCUCGUGGGUAAUGAAUACGUAUCCCGGUGUGGAACUGAUGUCACAUCCUGACCUUAGAGUCGACAUACAACAAGUUGUUGGACCUUUAUUACGUCCUGAACAUCUGAAAUCUCUGGAAGAUGAGUACUUGCGUAAUAUGCAAAGAAACUAUCAAGAAUGGAUGACCAAAACGGCGGACACAGAAAAACAAGAGUGGUUUUCCGAUCAACCGCCUGAACAGGAGCAAUACUAUCAUACGUCAGCGCCAGUUAUUAUCUUCCAAAUGAUCGAUCAACAUUUACAAGUGACUAACACAAUACACUCCGAAUUAACAUUUAAGGCAUUGGUGAUGAGUAUUCAGCAAGUGGAGGUUUUCGGACAGUCCUAUUUAAAAAAUGUUAUCGAAUUGAAGGAACAUCAUUUCCGUAACCGUGAUCAAAUCAAGUAUUUCACACACUAUAUAAUAACGAUUGUUAAUAAUAGCCAACAGAUGGUUGAGUUGGCACAGCAAAUGAAGCAGUUGUACUGGCCUAAAUCUCGUACCGAACAUUAUGAAGAUUUUGAAAAAUUAUUAACUACAUUCCAGCGUAUUCGGGCACAUGCCACCAAUUAUUUACUCGAAGAAGCUUUCCUCGAUAUGGAAUGCCACUUCAAUGAUUUGUUCACUUUGAAAUGGCUGGGGUCCACAAUUUCCGUGGAUACCAUAUGCGUAACGUUAUUGGAUUAUUUCCAGGAUUAUAAACACUUGCGUCCUAUUAACUUUGAAAUGGUAAUUAAUGAGGCACAAAAACUACUUGCAAAACGUUAUAUACGUGCCUUACUAUCUAAACGUUUAUCGAAAUCCAAAAGCGAAUGUGAAGCAAUCACAACGAAAAUCAAACAGGAGGCAAAACGUUUUAAGCAAUGCUUUGAGAAGAUCGCACCAAAUUUAGCCAUGAGUGAUAGUCCAUUAGAUUUGAUUUCAACACUCUCAGAAUUACUAUCUGCUGAUAUUGAAUUACUUGUGCUGGAUCUACAUACACUUCUGGGCAAUUAUCCUUCCUUCAGUGAAGAUCAUAUUGUGCGUUUGUUCUAUUUGCGUAACGAUGUAAAGGCCAGUGAAGUACGCGAAAAGAUACAAGAUGCUACAAAAUCGAAGAAGGCGAUGGUGAGCAUAGCGAAACAAGAUUGCAUAUUCAAGGAGAUUGUUUUCAAUGAUAAAUUGUGGUAAACUAUUAUAUUUUAUUUAUAAUAUACAAAUAUGCAUACUAUUUAAUAUGCAAGCACGUAGAUAAUAAAAUUAUAAUAAAGUAUUAAAUUCAUCUUUCGUAGA